CAGGAGGAACCGGCGGGAGAGCAUCCUCGAACCCCCCGCGCCGCAGCCGCCGCCGCAGCCCGUGCGCCCCGCGCUCCCGCGCGCCAUGGCCAAGGAAGGCGUGGAGAAGGCGGAGGAGACGGAGCAAAUGAUCGAGAAGGAGGCAGGCAAGGAGCCGGCGGAAGGCGGCGGCGCGCAUCGCCUCGGGGACGCCCAGGAGAUGCGCGCCGUGGUGCUGGCCGGCUUCGGGGGGCUCAACAAACUGCGGGUCACCCGAAAGGCCAUGCCCGAGCCUCAGGACGGCGAGCUCAAGAUCCGCGUCAAAGCCUGUGGUUUAAACUUCAUUGACUUGAUGGUUCGACAAGGGAAUAUUGACAAUCCCCCCAAGACGCCUCUGGUGCCGGGGUUCGAGUGUUCGGGGAUUGUGGAGGCUCUGGGAGACAGCGUGAAAGGCUACGAGAUUGGCGACCGUGUCAUGGCCUUUGUGAAUUACAAUGCCUGGGCAGAGGUGGUCUGCACGCCGGUGGAGUUUGUCUACAAGAUCCCUGAUGACAUGAGCUUCCCGGAGGCCGCUGCGUUCCCCAUGAACUUCGUCACGGCUUACAUGAUGCUCUUUGAAGUGGCCAACCUGCAGGAAGGCAUGUCUGUGCUCGUGCACUCCGCUGGUGGUGGCGUGGGCCAAGCUGUAGCUCAGCUGUGUUCCACCAUCCCCAACGUGACUGUCUUCGGAACGGCUUCUACUUUCAAGCAUGAAGCAAUCAAAGACUCUGUGACCCAUCUGUUUGACAGAAAUGCAGACUAUGUUCAAGAAGUGAAAAGAAUCUCUGCUGAAGGUGUGGAUAUCGUUUUGGAUUGCCUCUGUGGGGACAACACUGGAAAAGGUCUCAGCCUUCUUAAACCACUGGGGACUUACAUUUUAUAUGGUUCCUCCAACAUGGUGACUGGGGAGACCAAGAGCUUCUUCAGCUUUGCCAAGUCAUGGUGGCAGGUGGAGAAAGUGAACCCCAUCAAGCUGUAUGAAGAGAACAAAGUCAUCUCGGGGUUCUCGCUUUUGAAUCUGCUCUUCAAACAAGGCCGUGCGGGCCUCAUCCGAGGAGUGGUGGACAAACUCAUAGCACUUUACAACCAGAAGAAGAUCAGGCCCGUGGUUGACUCCUUGUGGGCCCUGGAGGAGGUGAAAGAGGCCAUGCAGCGGAUUCAUGACCGAGGGAACAUUGGCAAGUUAAUUCUGGAUGUAGAAAAGACCCCGACUCCACUGAUGGCCAAUGACAGCACGGAGACCAGCGAGGCAGGAGAGGAGGAGGAGGACCAUGAGGGGGACAGCGAGAACAAGGAGCGGAUGCCUUUCAUCCAGUAACCCAGGACCCCGCAGGAGAACAGGAGGAUUGUUUGGAAGAAGACCAGGCUGAGAACACUCUUCCGUGCCCCAGUGAACAAAUGCUGUAGUCCAGUGCGUGUUGUGUUUGUCUGCAGUCAGCUGAGCUCACAGGCUCUUGAUCGCUGUUGUUUUCUGAACUUAAGUGCCAAGCCCAUCCCAUGCAGUAUUAUGUCCCUCCCCAACAGUGUGACACUCUCCC